UUCGGAUUGGUUUGUUGUUAUUGUGUAUAAUCAAGGAGCUUUUGGUUUUGUAAAUAUUGAUAUGUUACUGAACCUUUACCAGAUUUUUAGACCUAAAUUCGUCAUGCAGCUUCAGUAAUGGGUAUGCCUUCUCAUGUUAAGCAAAGUAUCAAGCAAGCUCAGCUAGUGCUUGAAUCAUUAAAACAGGAUCAUGAACAAGCAUUAUCUACCUUAAGUGCACUUUGUAACUCAGCAAACAGUUACUCGGUACCAGAUUCUAACACGAGUUCAGAAUGUGAAAAAGUUUUUAGUCAAGAGAAAAUCUCAAUUAUUGAAGCUUCUCUAAGGCAAAUCGAAAAGGGGUUAGACGACUCAGAGGUUAUGAUAACAUUUGCCAAGUAUCUCGAACAUUUGGAAGCUGAAUUACUAAAAGUAAAGUUACACAAUCAGAGGUUGACCGAAGAAGCUUGUUGGCUUCGAGAUGAGCUAAAGUAUACACAAUCAAAACUAGAGGAAAAUGAAUCGCUCCUUGCUCAAACUGAGGUUGAAAAGAAACAUCUCGAAUUCAUGUUGGAUCUAAAGAAAUACGAUAUAUCUCCCAAUAGUCCUGACCCUGAACAAAAUUCACUAUUUAAACGUUCAGAAGCUGAUCCACCGAUGAUGGUUACAUCUGUCCUCGGCCUAAUGAGUACCCCAAAUCAUACGAACAUAUCUAAUCACGUGGAUCGACUUGAUAUGCAUAAAAAAUUUCAUAAACCAACUACCAUUACUACUACUACUGCUACUACUUCUACCUCAUCAUUCUCAACAUCCAAUCACUUAGAAAUGAGCGGAAUAAUAAAUUCUAGUCUACUGGAUACCGAUAUGGAUUCAUUGUCAGUAAAUCAAAAUCGUGAUACUAGUGAAUUUCAUGGUUUAAAUGGAAAUAAAAAUUCUCAGUCAAUUUAUGUUCCACCCGGGCUUAGAACACUACAUCAUAUAGUUUUACGUUAUACAAGUCAGGGAAAGCAUGACGUCGCUUCAUUAUUAUGUAUACGAGCUAUCCAAGAUUUAGAAAAAUCUGGUGGUCGUGAUCAAACUGAAGUCGCUGCUCUACUGAAUAUCUUGGCUUUAGUUUAUCGUGAUCAAGGCAAAUAUAAAGAUGCAUCUGAUCUUCUCAAAGAAGUACUUAAUAUACGAGAGAAGAUUUUAGGACCUAAUCAUGUGUUGGUAGCGGCUGCUUUAAACAAUUUAGCAGUUUUAUAUGCUAAAGCUGGUCGAUUUACUAAAGCUGAACCAUUAUGUCGACGAGCGCUUAGUAUACGAGAAAAAUUAUUAGGUGCAGAUCAUUUGGAUGUUGCAAAACAAUUGAAUAAUUUAGCAUUACUUUGUCAAAGUCAAGGAAAAUUCGAUGAAGUUGAAUGUGCAUGUCGACGAGCUUUAACUAUCUAUGUGAAACAUUAUAAACCAUCAUCAUCUAUUAUACGUAAAGCUAAAAAUAAUUUGGCUUCUGCAUUAGUAAAACUUGGCAAUUUAACAAAUGCUGAAUCUCUAUUAAAAUCAGUAUUAACACCAGAUGGUAUUUUAUGCAAUUCAAUAAAACAACAACAACACAACGAUCAUUCAAUGAAUCAUUUUUUGCCAUCUGAACAUAUUACUGAACAUGAUUCCGCUAUCUAUUCAUUAUCUUCACUUGGUAGUAGUCAUAUGAGUAAUUGUAGUAGUAGUAUGAUGAUGAUGAUGAAUGGUGGUUAUCAUAAUGUUGGCAUUGUCUCAUCAUCAUCAUUAUCAAUACUGAAUGGUAGUAGUAGUAUUAGUAGUAGUGUUGUUCUACCAUGUGAUGAUCAUUCCUCGACGGAACAAUCUAUGCACAUGAAUAAUACAUUGAAUCGUACUGUUCAUCCAUUAUGGAUAAUAUUAGAACAAACUAUCAAAAAUCAUGAUAAUAUUGAUGUCAGUCGAAAAUUUUCACUUGUCAAAUGGGCUUCCGAAGCUAGAAUAGAAUUAUCUGUCGUUCAUAGUGCAGUACGUAAUUUAGCUAUAGUUUAUCGACGUCAAGGUCUACACUCCCAUGCUAAUUUAUUAAAUGAAUGGUUAAUAUUAGAUCAUGUUUAAUUCAUACAUCUCCAUUGACAUUUCUCCACUAAAUAACCAGCGAUUCAAUCUGUUCAUCCUAUUAACUCAUAUGUA